ACUUAUUUUCGUUUUCAAAAUUGGUUUUGUGCUCUUUUUCUUACAAAUUUCCAGUUCUGUGAUUGCGAGUAUUAGACCUUGUAGCCGCAAUAAUCUCGUGAAUCUGUGAACAAAUUUCGGUCAAAAUAUUUAUCCAUUGCCGGGGACAUGCAUAUGAGUCGGCCUCGCUAAUUCGUCAACACCUUGGCAGAGUCUUAUAUAGUGGAUGGAGACUUAUCACUAGCUACAUCCCACCCAUAAAUAGCUGCUGAAGAUUUGCGUAUUUAAACUAUGAGUCGCUGGGCAUUAUCUCUCGAGUAAACUGGAAGUAAACUGUGGGUACACAUAACUGUUGCUGUUGCUUCUUAUUCUGUGUAAAUUACCCGAGCCUGAGUGAUCUCAUUGAACUCGGUGUCAGCCUGUCACUUGAUCGCAAACAAUUUCGUUGAAAUUUCUUGAUAAUAAGCCCCACGAAUUACGUUUCGCGUCCGCCUAUUGUACAUGCGAUACGAUACGUUUGGUGUUCGGUUCGGGGAAACGCUGAGACGACUCUACAAAAGCUCCGACCACGGGCAAACCCAUUUACAGUGCCAUUUGAAUUCAGUUUUAUUUCGCAUCUCGCCAGAGUCGGACAUAAAUAUCACCUGCCUAAUUGGGCAACGCAACGCUGUCGUCACUCUCCUCGUGAAUCUCUCUGUAACCUGAGUAACGCUCUCUAAGUCUACACAAUGAUGCGCUCCUCUCUGUGGCUCGGCCUGGGGCUGAGUGUGAUGCUCUUGGCUUCGUUUUCAUCGGUGAACGCAGCUCCUAAUCUGGUGUGCUUCUAUGACUCGCAGGGCUUUCAGCGUCAGGGCCUGGCACAAUUUACAAUGACGGAUGUGGAACUGGCACUGCAGUUCUGCACUCACAUAGUCUACGGCUAUGCGGGUGUCAAUGCGGACAACUCUGAGCUGCAGAGCAUCAACAAGCGGCUGGACUACGAGCAGCGACACUUGGCCCAGAUAACGGCGCUCAAGGACCGCUAUCCGCACAUCAAGUUCCUGCUGAGUGUGGGCGGCGAUGCCGACCAGAACGAGGGUAAUCAAUACAUCAAGCUCUUGGAGUCUGGACAGCAAGGUCACAGACGCUUCAUCGAGUCCGCGCGCGAUGUGGUGCGUCGCUUCAAUUUUGAUGGCUUGGAUCUGGCCCUCCAGCUCCCACGCAAUAAGCCACGCAAGGUGCACGGGGACGUGGGCUCGGCCUGGAAGAGCUUCAAGAAGUUCUUCACUGGCGACUACAUUGUGGACGAAGAUUCGGAGACCCACAAGUCACAGUUGACGGCUCUGAUUAAAGAUCUGAGCAGUGCCUUUAAAGACAAUAAUCUAUUGUUGAGUCUCACUGUUUUGCCCAAUGUGAACUCCAGCUGGUACUAUGAUGCCCCUGCCAUUGCACCCAGCUUGGACUUCAUCAAUUUGGGAACCUUUGAUUUCCUCACUCCUCAACGCAAUCCCGAAGAAGCUGACUUCUCAGCGCCUCUGUACGAGGCCUUUGGACAGAAUCGUCUGGGCCACUACAAUGUCAACUUUCAGCUGGAACACUGGCUGCUGCAGCGCGUACCCGCCAACAAGCUAAACAUCGGCAUUGCCACAUAUGGCAGGGCCUGGAAGCUGAGCAGCGGCUCUGGGGACACGGGCAUGCCUGUGGUGACCGCCACAGAGGGCGCUGCACCUGCCGGACGUCAGAGCAAGAAGGAGGGAAUGCUGAACUGGGCCGAGAUCUGUCAACUGAUGCCGAAUCCCAGCAAUGCAAAUGCCAAAGGAGCCGACGCUCCUGUACGCCGCGUGCUCGACCCCACCAAGCGCUACGGCAGCUACGCCUUCCGUGCCGCCGACUCCAACGGCGAGCAUGGUCUGUGGAUCAGCUACGAUGAUCCCGAUUCGGCGUCCAGCAAGGCCUCGUAUGUGCGCGCCAAGAAUCUGGGCGGCGUAGCCUUGUUCGAUCUGACUCAGGAUGACUUCCGUGGCCAGUGCACCACCGAUCGCUUCCCCAUGCUGCGUGCCAUCAAGUAUCGCCUGCUCUAACGACCAUAAAGACAUCAUCAGACGCGCAGCCACGCAAAUGUCACAAUGUUGGG